UCGACGGCUCUCAAAACACCCAUCACAACUUUAAUCCACUAUCCCACUAACCUACCAAAAUCGUCAUCCAUGUAAUUUCAAGCUAUAAAUACAUUGGCCCUUUCUUCUCCAAAAACCUUUGAAUUAGUCCAAAGCUUCAGAACAACAAAGAGCUCCCUUUAAUGGCAUACAGAAGAAGCACAGCCUCCUCUAUCAUGGAGGUGUUCACACUGAAUCCUCUUCCAUACCCAGUUCUGCUAAUCCUAGCUGUGAUCUUUUUCUUUUUUGGCAUCCAAUGGUAUGCUUCUUACGAGUCAGUUGUUGAGACCACAGAACAGAACAUGGGUUGGGUUCUUUUGCUCAUACCAGUGGUUUUACUAUUUGUUGUUCGUUGGUUGUCUAGUCUGGAAGAUUCCAAUUGGUUGUUUGGGAUGUCACCGUUUGAGAGGCGGCGGCGGACCCACUACCAGCCGUCGGAGGGGAGCUCUCCUUGGGGUGUCGCCGCCGUGAUCUUGCUGUUGCUUGUCAUGGUGCAGUACCAGUCUAGCUUCCUUGACGGUUGGUUUAUUUAAUGCUUACAAGGUGUGAUAACUAUUUACUUGUUUUGGUCGGUUUACUAUGAGUAGAUGGUAAUUGAUUGUGCCAAGUGUUGUGUGUUUAGAAAAUUUCUAAGUGGAUAGAAUCGGACACAACUCUCAUCAGAUUUUGUACACGUAGAAGAGGUGUGGUGUUUAUUAGAUGAAAUUAGAGAUUGACUAUGUGAUUACUCUCAUGUUUGAAGUAAAUAUAUAGUAUGUGGUUUGUGUGGUUA